UCAAAAUGGCGGAUGAGAAGUGACAGUGUUCCAAUUUGUCUUUUAUUUAAAAUGUUGAUGUUCCAACGAGUGAGGACUAGAAAUAUUAUCUUUUCUGUAAACCGCUAUUCCUUAAGAAGUGGCCAAAGGCUGAUAGCAGAUGCAAGUGAUAAAUCUAAUCCUGAAGGCCCAAAGAAUGGCAACACAGCCAAAAAAUUACUCCAGAAGAUGUCGAACACUUUUAAUGCAAUUCCUUCUACAAUCCAGGAGAAAAGUGAGAAGAUAACUAAAGCGUCUCUAAAUAAAAUAUCUGGUUCUAUUAGUGCCUUUGAUGACUUGCUAGGGAUAACAGAGGUAAGGAAUGCACAAUCGAAAGUUCGAGAAGCUGAAAAUAGAUUCAUGGAUUUGAGGAAACAAGUACAACAGGCUGAGAAAGAAUUGGAACUUGUUCGUGCUCAUCUUAAUGAUGUCCGUAAACGACUUGAUCGUGUGUCAAGGGACGAUGAACGUUAUCUUUCACUGGCUACAGAGGAGCAUGAAACACUCUUAGAGGAGAAGAAACUUAAGGCAUCUCAUGCUGAAUUAGAGAGUCAGGAGAGGGAUCAUUUCGCAUUGCUUUCUGGGAUAGUUCGGGAGUCGCAUGAGAAAGAAAGACAAAGAGCAGAAAGAACAAAGCAUUGGUCUGUUAUUGGGUCUCUGGUUGGAGCUACUCUUGGUGUUAUCAGCUCUUCUCUAAUCAAUUACCUGAGACUAAAAGAAGUCAAAAGUUCUGUGAAAGGAACAGGAGAAGAACUGAUGGAAAAAACUACUGAACUCCUCAAUAUCCUGACAUCCCAGGACUCAAAACUGGCAGCAAACAGCAGUGAACUCAAAGAAGCGUUUGCAGCACAGAACAAAGAGGUCACUGAUAAAUUAGAAGAUGUAAGAGAAGCAAUUGAUACAUACGCUUUGAGUGCGUCAAUUGGCUCAGAUGUUGGUACUAUUGAAUCAGGGAUUAGUCUUAAGACCUUGACUUCUCAACUCAGAGAACUUGUUCAGCUUCAAUUGGCGGCAGAAAGGGAAAGAGUGGAGAGAAAAGCAGAUUCUGCGACCUCGGAUUUCUCAACCGAUCUUCAGAGCGAAAUUAAAGAAAUUAAAGAAGAAAAUAGGAAAAUUUAUGAAGAACUUAAUUUAGGAAUUGAAACUAUUAACAAAAAAAUUGGCUCUCAGUCUGGUAAUGAAAUAUCGUUAGAGGAGAAAAAUGUAGAUGCUAUCACAGAAGUUUCUAUGAAAGAAAAAUACUAUGAAUCUGUAGCUCGUGCGGAAUACUGGUCUAAGGCACAAACAAUUGGUUCUAUUGCAAGUAUUGUUGCAAGUACGUUAGUAUUGAUUUAUGAAAUUUCAAAAUAAAGGGAUAUUUUCAAGGAGAAAUGACAAUACAAAGGAAUAGAUUGUUUUAAAAUUGGACGUUUAUCAUAGGGUGUUGAGAAGAAACACCAGUCUCGAGCUCAAAAACAAGCUUAGAUUUUCGAAAAUGGAAUCCAAAUGGACAACUAAAUCUUAUCGAUAUUAAAAGGUCAUUACUUUAUUCAGCAAUGGAAGGAGCUGGGAAAAUAUAGAUCGUACUAACUGAAAAUAGUGUAACUUUCCUACUAAUUUGGACAUUAAAUAUUCUGCCCCUAUAAAA